AUUGCAGCCAAGACUGUAAUUGUUGAUUGCUUCUUAGAACAUUUUUGUGCUUCUCGUACAAAUCUAAGGCUGCAACAGAGCAACAGCAGGCUGGAGAUUUGUGACAGAUUUUAAAACAUCAGGUUUAAACUUUUAAAGCACCUUUGGAAUCUUUUUCAGUGGACACAUUUUUUUGAGAAAGUGAAAUUGGAUGCCUGGGUCUGAGCUGUAGCUGUAUGAAUGAGGAUGGAGGUGACACAGCUUGAAAGCAGAAUGAACACUGAAGACUACAGAAAGCUGCAGAGUCUCUUCAUGGAUGCUUCCGGUGCAUCUGUCUCUUUGUCCAGAACGGAAUUCAUCAAUCUAGCUUGGUCAUCAGUUGGCUGUGGCUCCAAGGAGGAAUAUGGCCUCCUGUUUGACAGUGUGGUUGUCACUCAGAAGCACCACAGCCUUCUACGAGACAUAGAUGGCGUGAAGGAGGAGGAAAACAUUGACUGGGAAGGGUUGUGCUCUUUUCUGCUGCUGCAGCUUUCUGAGAAAGUGAAUAACUCCAGAGCCAGUAACGUUCCUUACUGGAAGCCACCGUACACUUUGACCUGUCCACAUCAAGACCCAAUUCAAAAGGUACUUUACCUGCAGAGCUCAGCUCACUAUCUGACAGUGAGUAAAGGAGGAACUGUGGGGCUCCGGACUGCAGAUGAAAUGUCUCUUCUACACAUGCAUCGACUACAAAACAGUACCGUCAGACCCAAAGACCUCUGGGUCACAGACGUGGUGCUGCUGCAUAAUGUCCACAAGAUAGCUGUGUCAUUCACAAGCAAGGAAGUAUGUUUUUAUGACACACUGCCGAAACAAGACUUCAGCUGCAAGUACAAACUGCAGGGUUUAAAGUUCACCCCAUGGUGUCUGGAUUACUGGGUAGAUCCAUCUCACCCAGAUCAAGCUGUCCUCACCAUAGGAGACAUUGGAGGACAGGUCAGCGGUUUAUGUUUCACCUCGGCUCAAACCACUCUGUUUGAGAGUGUCCGUUUGAGGACAGCAUCAGAUUCAGCAGACAUCAUUUUAUGGGACGACUUGGUCAAAGGAAAACACUGCUGCUGUUACGUAGUGGCACACCAGGCACACACACCCGCGUGGGUCAGACGAGUUCAUUACCUGGGGUCUUUGGAGGCCUUUGUGUCAUGCUGCACCGCUCCACAGAGCAGCAUGGCAAUUGGCUGGAGGGAGCAAGAAAGUAGAAAUCUACGAGUCACUUAUUUUGUUACACAGAGGGGAGUGUGGGACAUGGACCACCACUGUCAGCUCAACCUGAUUGCCACAGCAGGUGUGGACCAUCAAGUUCUGCUGUGGAACCCUUGUGUGACCUCAGAGCCAGUGUGCCUGCUCAGUGGGCACAUGAGUCCUGUAAUCGCUGUUUGCUUUGUACAGACAAGGCAGCAACUGCUCAGCUACUCCAAAGAUAAGGUGCUCUGUCUGUGGGAUGUGUCCAGUCAGCGAUGUGUUCACCGUCUCUCUGGUGUCUUCCCAAAAGUGCCAGAAAAUACACAGACCUUUAUGUUUUUCCACGAGCAACAUCAGGUCCUCCUGCUUUCCUUCAACAGUCUUCUUGUCGUGUUGGAAAUCAGAAAGGAGGAGAAGAGGGCAAGCAGCCACCAGCACCCUGUUACCUGUGUGCUCUACAACAGUCUGUUCAGACAGGUCAUCAGCAGUGAUUCCGACUCCUCUGUGAUCUGCUGGCAGGCUAACACAGGCCAAAAAGUCAAACACUUCACCCAUUGCCACGGCAAUGCUGAAAUUUCCACUAUGGCUUUGGAUGGUUCACAGACCCGGCUGUUUACUGCAGGCGCUGACGGAGAGGUCAAAGUUUGGGACUUCAAUGGUCAUUGCCUGCACACAAUGAAUGCAGGUCUGGGCCGCCCUGUGAACAUCUCACAGGUCCUCUUGCUAAAGAGGAGCAUACUGAUGAUGGGCUGGAACAGGACGUUAACAGAAUUUCAUCUGGAUUCCUUCUCCCAGUCUUUAGUGGAGCCGUCGGAGUGGAAGGGGGGUCUUCACCAUCAUGGUGUUGUGCUGUGUGCUGCAUUCCAGCCUCCACAUACUCUGGUCACAGGUAGUUUUGAUGGCCAAAUCAUAGUUUGGAACAGCAGCACAGAAAAAGCUUUGAGGAAACUGCAGCCAGACACUGAACAUGAAGAUUCUAAAGGUCUGACUUCAACAUUAACAACUGGUUCUCAUCUUGGAUGGAAUGGUAAAGAGGACCCGCAGACCAGCUUUGCCAUCAUCAGACUGUCUUUCAUAACAGGCCGUAUGCCUGCAGCUUCAGCUACAGGUGGUGCAGACUUGGUGUCUUGUGGUGGUUCUGGUGCUGUCAGAUUUUGGAACACCAUCCAUAGCAGUCUUCUUGGACAGUUCACAGCACAUAACAUGAAACUGGGUUCCAUAGUCAUGGCCAUCAGCCCUUGUGGAAAACAUUUAGUCACAGCUGACAGGGAGGGAACCCUCAAGACAUGGGACAUACAACAUUACUGUCUCAAGCCAGAAGAAGAAGUAAUCAAACAACCUCCAAAGCUACUUUCUUGUUUCCGACCACAUCUUGUUCACGUGACUUCCCUGGAGACCUUUGUCCUUGGUGAUAAGCUCCUCCUUCUCUCAUCAUCAGACUCCCAAGUGGUUCUCAGUUUCCUGUCUGGAGAAAUCAUUGGUUUGUUUGGACAGGAGGAGCACUGGUGCUUAGAGGAGCUCUUGCCAUCGUCUCCACUGCAGGAACCAAUCAAGAGCUCUCAAGAUGAGCAAGAAGACACCAAACUGGGAACGACACCUGUAGUUUACAGUGAGGCAUGUGUUGGUCUGUGCUCUGACAUCUCAGAAUAGGAUGGACAGGUGGGCAUGACAGGCAUGAACAAUAACAGUGAGACAGACCAGGAAGAUGUUUUGAAGGAAUAUGCAUCCGGAUAAAUAUCUCAAACUUCAGUCUAGAUAGAAAGAGAAGCAGAGGGCACAUACAGUACCUGUGCAAGCUCCAACAGUCUUCCAUUUACAUUGUUGAUAUUUUUAAUUUAUUUUUUUCAAUAUGAUGGGGUGAUUCCUUCUCUACAUUCUGGUCUUAUGACAUUAUUUGACACAUUGUUUUUAUCUCCUAAUUUCCAUUGUGAGAGGUUGUCCUCU